AUGGUCGUGGUCACGGUCACGGUCACGGUCACGGUCACGGUCGAAGCAGAGCCUCCUCGCGGUCCUGGGCAGCUGGACAUGGGCCAGGGCGGCCGUGUCCUUGUCCCUUUCUUAGCCCUCGACCCAGUGAGAAACCUGACGGUGGGGGCUCGGACCAACAGCUCCAUCACCCUGGUCUGGGAGGCCCCCCAGGGCCCCGACUCCCAGAACCUCACCUACUGGGUGCAGUGCACUGGAGGGGGCGACAGAAGCGAGGCCCAGAGCACGACAAGCACCAGCGCCACGGUGGACGGGCUGGACGCGGCCACUUCCUAUGCGUGUUCCGUGUGGGCAGAACAGGAUGGGGCCAGCAGCACCAAGGAGAACCUCACCGUGAGCACAGCCCCCAAUGCCGUGAGAAACCUGACGGUGGGGGCUCGGACCAACAGCUCCAUCACCCUGGUCUGGGAGGCCCCCCAGGGCCCCGACUCCCAGAACCUCACCUACUGGGUGCAGUGCACUGGAGGGGGCGACAGAAACGAGACCCAGAGCACGACAGGCACCAGCGCCACGGUGGACGGGCUGGACGCAGCGACUUCCUAUGCGUGUUCCGUGUGGGCAGAACAGGAUGGGGCCAGCGGCGCCAAGGAGAACCUCACUGUGAGCACAGCCCCCAAUGCCGUGAGAAACCUGACGGUGGGGGCUCGGACCAACAGCUCCAUCACCCUGGUCUGGGAGGCCCCCCAGGGCCCCGACUCCCAGAACCUCACCUACUGGGUGCAGUGCACUGGAGGGGGCGACAGAAACGAGACCCAGAGCACGACAGGCACCAGCGCCACGGUGGACGGGCUGGACGCGGCCACUUCCUAUGCGUGUUCCGUGUGGGCAGAACAGGAUGGGGCCAGCGGCGCCAAGGAGAACCUCACUGUGAGCACAGCCCCCAAUGCUGUGAGAAACCUGAUGGUGGAGGCUCGGACCAACAGCUCCAUCACCCUGGUCUGGGAGGCCCCCCAGGGCCCUGACUCCCAGAACCUCACCUACUGGGUGCAGUGCACUGGAGGGGGCGACAGAAGCGAGGCCCAGAGCACGACAAGCACCAGCGCCACGGUGGACGGUCUGGACGCGGCCACUUCCUAUGCGUGUUCUGUGUGGGCAGAACAGGAUGGGGCCAGCGGCGCCAAGGAGAACCUCACCGUGAGCACAGCCCCCAAUGCCGUGAGAAACCUGACGGUGGGGGCUCGGACCAACAGCUCCAUCACCCUGGUCUGGGAGGCCUCCCAGGGCCCCGACUCCCAGAACCUCACCUACUGGGUGCAGUGCACUGGAGGGGGCGACAGAAACGAGACCCAGAGCACGACAAGCACCAGCGCCACGGUGGACGGGCUCGACGCUGGAUCCACGUAUGAAUUUCGUGUGUGGGUCGAGAAGAACGAGGUCAGCAGCUCCCAGGAGAUUAGGAACUUCACCACAGCGCCCAGUGAGGUCGUGGAUCUGCAGAACAUGACUCAGACCAGCAGCUCGGUCACCCUGCAGUGGACAGCCCCCACAGACCCCCACUCUCAGCUCUACACGUACUGGGUCCGGUGGGCCAGCGAGGGGCUCCCUCAGAGGCAGCAAGAUCCUCAGGUGGACUGGGCCAACCAGACGAACAGGACCUCUGAGACCUCGUACAAGGUGCAGGCCCUUGUACCCGGCACUUGGUACAACUUCAGCGUGUGGGCAGAGAGCAAUGACGUGGCCGGUUCCACACAGAGCCUCCGAGCGUCCACAGUCCCAGGCUCCGUCACCAUCCAGUCCUGUGUCAGCGCCUCAGGGGGCUAUGGCAUCACCCUGACUUGGUCCUGCCCCCAGGGGGGCUACGAGGCCUUCGAGUUGCAGGUGGGCGGGCAGCAGCUCCGGCAGGACAGAUCGGCCUGCGCCAAGGGCGUGUCUGUGUCGGGACUCCAGCCGGCUCGGUCCUACGGAGCCAGCGUCACCACCCUCUGGGACGGACUGAGGGCCGUGUCCGCCUCCACGACCUGCCACACCGAGAGUGGAGGGGUCAUUGCCGGCGCCAUCGUGGGUGUCCUCCUGUUCCUCGUCCUGGUGGGCCUGCUGGUUUUCUUCCUGAGGAGGAGGAAGAGGGAGAGCCAGGAGAAGGCAGUGCCCAAGGACCUGGUGUUCAGCUUCCCAGGGAACAUCCCGGCCAAGGACUUCGCCCACCACGUCAGGAGGCAGGGCAAGGACAGCAACUGUGGUUUUGCCGAGGAGUACCAGCAACUGGCCCUGGAGGGCCAAGGCCAGGCCCAGACGGUGGCCUCAGCUCCCGAGAACGCCACCAAGAACCGCUACAGGAACGUGCUGCCCUAUGACUGGUCCCGGGUGCCCCUGAAGCCCCUCCACGGGGAGCCAGGCUCUGACUACAUCAACGCCAGCUUCCUGCCUGGUCUCUGCAGCCCCAGGGAGUUCAUAGCAGCCCAGGGCCCCCUGCCACACACCGUGGGCGACUUCUGGCGUCUGGUGUGGGAGCAGCAGAGCCACACCCUGGUCAUGCUGACCAACUGCGUGGAGUCUGGCCGGGUGAAGUGCGAACACUACUGGCCUCUGGACGCACAGCCCUGCACCCACGGGCGCCUGCGGGUGGCGCUGGUGGCCGAGGAGGAGGCAGAGAACUGGGCGGUGCGAGACCUGGAGCUCUUCCAACUGGACGAGCAGAAGACGCUGUCCGUGCGCCAGUUCCACUACCUGGCCUGGCCGGACCACGGCGUCCCCCACUCCCCGGACCCCUUGCUGGAUUUCUGGAGGAUGCUCCGGCAGUGGCUGGACCAGACCGGGGGCGGAGGCCCUCCCAUCGUGCACUGCAGUGCCGGCGUGGGCCGCACGGGCACCCUCAUCGCCCUGGACGUCCUGCUGCGGCAGCUGGAGAGUGAGGGGCUGCUGGGGCCCUUCAGCUUCGUGCGGAAGAUGAGAGAGAGCCGGCCGCUGAUGGUGCAGACUGAGGCCCAGUACGUCUUCCUGCACCAGUGCAUCCUGCGGUUCCUGCAGCAGUCAGCCGCGGCCCCAGCCCAGGAGGAGGCCACGGAUGACCACGUGCCAGACCUCAUCUAUGAGAACGUGGCCGCCCUCCAGGCCCUGGAGGUGGAGGCCUAGGCAGGGGAGCGGGAGGGCUGAGCCCGCAACCUGGCUGCACUCGCGCCCUGGAUUCCUGGACCCCUGGGAGAGAGCGG